ACUACCUCUAAAACCCUAAAAACUCGUCUCCCUCCGCACCUCCAUUCCUUUCAUCUCGAGCCUCUGCGGCCCUUUUCAGUUUCUUUUUCUAUACAGAAAGAAACUGAUUUUCUUCUUCCCUCAAGAUGCCGACUAUCAGCGAUAGUAUCACCAAAGCUGAAAAGAAGAGCAAGAACAGAGAGCACAAGAGAAAGAUGGAAGAACCAGAGCCUGAGGCUGAAGUCGUUGUGGAAUCUAAAAAAGACAAGAAAAAGAAGAAGAAAGAAAAGGGUGAAAAGGUCGAAAACGCCAAUGGUUCUGUAAAUGGAAGCGAAGCCAUAAAUGGGUCAGAAGAGUUAAGUGAGAAGAAGAAAAAGAAAAAGAAACAGAAGACAGAGGAAGAAGAAGUUAAGAAUAAUGGGGUUGAAGUGGAUGAGGUUAGGAAAACUGAAGAUAAUGUUGUGGUUUCUGGGAAAGAUAUUAGUGAUUCAAAAUACAAAGCGUUGAAUUCCUUUUCAGAAUCAAAGCUUCCUGAAGAAUUGCUAGAGUGUUGUAAGAAUUUCAGUAAACCUUCGCCAAUCCAAUCUAAUUCUUGGCCUUUUCUUCUACAUGGUCGUGAUUUCAUUGGGAUUGCUAAAACUGGAUCAGGGAAAACACUGGCGUUUGGUUUACCUGCCAUGAUGCACAUUUUGAACAAGAGGAAGAACAAAACAACCAAGAAAGUGACCCCACUUUGCCUUGUACUUUCACCAACAAGGGAACUUGCUCAACAAAUUUUUGACGUGCUUGCUGAAGCUGGGAAACCAAGUGGUGUCAGAUCAGUUUGUGUAUAUGGAGGAACUUCUAAAGGACCCCAAAUAUCUGCUCUAAAAUCUGGUGUGGAUAUUGUUGUUGGAACUCCCGGCCGUUUGAAGGAUUUAAUAGAAAUGGGUGUAUGCCAGCUACAGGAGGUCUCUUUUGUGGUUCUCGAUGAAGCAGAUCGAAUGCUUGAUAUGGGAUUUGAACCAGAAGUGCGUUCUAUUCUUAGCCAAACAAGUACUGUUCGUCAAGUUGUAAUGUUUAGUGCAACAUGGCCUUUACCCGUGCAUCAACUCGCUCAGGAAUUUAUGGAUCCAAAUCCCGUUAAGGUUGUUGUAGGAUCAGAGGAUUUAGCUGCCAAUCAUGAUGUCAUGCAGAUCGUGGAGGUCUUGGAGGAUCGAGCACGUGAUGAACGUUUAGUUACGUUGCUAGAGAAAUACCACAAGUCAAGAAGGAACAGAGUCUUGGUCUUUGUUUUGUACAAGAAGGAAGCAUCUCGAGUUGAGAGUAUGUUGCAAAGAAGGGGUUGGAAGGUUGUUUCCAUAAGCGGUGACAAACAACAAAAGGCCCGUACUGAGGCACUUGCAUUAUUUAAGGAUGGUAGCUCUCCGCUGUUGAUAGCAACCGAUGUGGCUGCUCGAGGGCUGGAUAUACCAGAUGUUGAAGUUGUAAUAAAUUACAGCUUCCCAUUGACGACUGAGGAUUAUGUUCACAGAAUUGGAAGAACGGGACGUGCUGGUAAGAAGGGUGUCGCACAUACCUUCUUCAUGAAGGAGAACAAGGGACUUGCUGGAGAGCUGAUAAAUGUACUUAGAGAAGCAGGACAGAAUGUACCUGCUAACCUUUUGAACUUCGGUACUCACGUUAAGAAAAAGGAAUCGAAGCUGUAUGGAGCCCAUUUCAAAGAGAUAUCUGCAGAUGCACCUAAAGCCACCAAGAUUAAAUUCGAUUCUGAUGAUGAAGAUUAAAUCAAGAUUACAUUUUUCCCAUUUUAGUCGAUGUAAUGCUUGGAUGAUUUAUAAGAAACUACACAUCAAUUACUAUGGCAAUUGGCUUCCUAUUUAUAUCAUCUUUUUAUGC